GUUUGUUAGACUGCCCACCGUUGGGCACUUCCGCCGGGCUCGGGUUUCCUUCGACUCGGCAUUUAAAUUGAGCUGCAGGACAUCAGCUGCUGCUACAUCCAGCGCAGUGCUAUGACAGAAAAUAACCCGUAGCGCUAGCAAAACAGGCUCCUUUUAUUUUUGAACACAAAAACGAAAAUAUUACUGUUGGUCCUGGGUUGUUUUGUGGGCAGAAGAGCGGUUGAACAAUAACGCUGCUUGAGCCCUGACAGCAGCUCGGUGCAUCAUUUUUGGGAUUCCUCUGCUAGCUGUUGGACAAGAUUGAAUAGCGGUAAUGUGAUGUUGUGCAUGAGCGGAAUGAUUUAACUGACUGGCAUAGAUUGGUAAACAAAACCAAACUUAUUGAAUGCAGUGUUUUUUGGCCCAGGAUCACGAGUGGCCUGGCCUGGGACGACCGAUGGACUAACGUUGAAAGAUGAGAGUGCAUUUAAAGGGUCAGGUUUAAAUUCUGAUUACAAUAUACAACAGUUUCGAUUUCUGUUGUAGACAUUAACGGAGACAAACCUCUUAAAUUUAUAUAAUCUAGCUGGGGUGGAUCUAACAUAUAUUUUUAACAACAUUUUUCUUUUUAGACUAAUGUGUGAUCUUUAGAUUUUCCAAAACAAACUUUUUAAAGAGAUUUAAUCUUUUUUGCAACAACAGUAUUUAUUUAUUUUUAGGUUGUUGUAGGCUACUAUAAUUUUUCUUAGGAUUUAAAGGGGGAUCUUAGGUUAUUUGUUUUUUUUAAAUAAAUUAGAUCUUUGCUUGAUCUUAUCUCUUCUUGUCUUAAAUGUGAGGAAAUCUGUCUUUCAGCUUGACCUUAAUAGUAUCAGACCGAUACCUCAAGGACAAAACUAAUUUGUAGACCUUUCAGGAUAGACAAUUGACAAAAGUCAGUCAACAACAAAAUAAGCUGACACAAGUGACAAACAGCAUCUUUGACCAGUUACACUUAUCAAAGGCUUUAAGAGCUUUAACAAUAAGCAACCAGCAAUCAUGUUCAGCUGGCUUGGAAGCGAUGACAGGAGGAAGAAGGAUCCUGAGGUCUUUCAGACCGUCAGUGAGGGACUGAAGAAGCUCUACAAAACCAAACUCCUGCCGCUGGAGGAGUGCUACAAGUUUCAUGAGUUUCACUCUCCGGCUCUGGAGGAUGCAGACUUUGACAACAAGCCCAUGGUCUUACUGGUUGGACAGUACUCCACCGGCAAGACGAGCUUCAUACGCUACCUGUUGGAGCAGGAUUUUCCCGGAAUGCGGAUCGGCCCCGAACCCACCACGGAUUCCUUCAUCGCGGUGAUGCACGGCGACACAGAAGGAGUCAUCCCCGGCAACGCUUUAGUGGUUGACCCCAAGAAGCCCUUCAGAAAGCUGAACGCAUUUGGAAACGCAUUCCUCAACAGAUUUGUGUGUGCCCAACUGCCUAACCCAGUGCUGGAAAGCAUCAGUGUGAUUGACACACCAGGAAUUCUGUCAGGAGAGAAACAGAGGAUCAGUCGAGGCUAUGACUUUGCGGCUGUCUUGGAGUGGUUUGCGGAGCGAGUGGACAGGAUCAUAUUACUGUUUGACGCUCACAAACUGGACAUCUCUGAUGAGUUCUCAGAUGUGAUAAAAGCCCUGAAGAACCAUGAAGACAAGAUCAGGGUUGUGCUGAACAAGGCUGACCAGAUAGAGACCCAGCAGUUGAUGAGAGUGUACGGUGCCCUGAUGUGGUCACUGGGGAAAAUAGUCAACACCCCUGAGGUGAUCCGCGUCUACAUUGGGUCCUUUUGGUCCCACCCUCUGUUGAUUCCAGACAACAGGAAGCUGUUUGAAGCGGAGGAACAGGACUUAUUUAAGGACAUUCAGUCUUUACCGAGAAAUGCAGCGCUUAGAAAACUCAACGAUCUGAUUAAGAGGGCAAGACUAGCCAAGGUCCAUGCCUACAUUAUCAGCGCACUGAAGAAAGACAUGCCCUCUGUGUUUGGGAAGGAGAACAAGAAGAAAGAACUGAUCGGCAGCCUGGGAGAUAUUUACAAACGCAUAGAGAGAGAGCAUCAGAUAUCACCUGGAGAUUUUCCUAAUCUGAAGAAGAUGCAGGACCAACUCCAAGCUCAGGAUCUCAACAAAUUCCAGCCUCUGAAACCCAAACUCCUGGAAGCAGUGGAGGACAUGCUGGCCCACGACAUCGCUGGCUUAAUGGUCCUGGUCCGACAAGAAGAAAACCAGCGUCCCAACCCAGUCGUGAAGGGCGGUGCGUUCGACGGCACUAUGGACGGCCCGUUUGGUCACGGGUAUGGCGAAGGAGCCGGCGAAGGCAUCGACGAAGCAGACUGGGUCGUCGCACGUGACAAACCUGCUUACGAUGAGAUUUUCUACACAUUGUCUCCCGUCAAUGGGAAGGUGACCGGAGCCAACGCCAAGAGGGAGAUGGUGAAGUCAAAACUGCCCAAUACGGUGCUGGGAAAGAUCUGGAAGCUGGCCGACAUCGAUAAGGAUGGGAUGCUUGAUGAUGAGGAGUUUGCGUUGGCCAAUCACCUGAUAAAAGUGAAACUGGAGGGACAUGAACUGCCAUCGGACCUGCCUGCACACCUGGUGCCUCCUUCCAAGAGGAAAAUACCUGAGUAAAUGUAAGAUUACAUCAUCUUCUAACCCCAAAACCUGUAACUAGAUCCACCCCCUCCACCCAAAGAAACUUAUCAAAAUUCAAAUAUAGCAAAACAACAUUAUUAUUUUUAAAAAAAAUUGGAACAAAAUUAGACCCCAUUUCCAACUCUGUUGGAUUCCAACCUGCUCUGUUGCUGUCAUCCCCACAUCUGCAGAAUUUCCUUAGCUUCAAGAGGCAAAUAUUACUACAAAAUAUUCAGUCAAAUAAAGAAUGAUAAUGAAUGCUAAUUGACUUAGCAGAUUUAAAUGCUACAUUAUUGAAGUGCUGAAAUGGCUUUUACCAGGGUAGAGAAACAGGAUCUUUUUGAGUCCUUUAAGUAUGAGAUAUUGGGAGCUGUUAGGUAGAACUGGGGUUUGAGAUGUUAGGACAGCUGAUAUGGUAAUUAAUAAAGACAAACUAUUUAAAAGUCUAAAACAAGAAACACUGGAAUACAACAACAUGUAAGGUGAUCUAAACUACUGGAAGAAAAUGGGAGAGAUGUGAAAAUGUGAAGACUAAAAGAAAGAGGUUUGGUUGGAAGGAUCAUUCUGGGAGAGGGGAACAAUGGGAUAUAAAAAUGAAAAAUAUUGUAUUAUUAUCGGUAACGAAUACAGUAAACUCAUGUUUGACUACAAGAUUCCACACGGCCGCCAAAAACAUGCCACAGUCCUUGUAUCUCGAGGUCCUGCAUUGUUUCUGAUCUCCUGGCAUUGCUGAGUAUUUUGGCUUUUGUUUCACGGCGACAUAUUAAAGAGCUACAAAGGUUUCCUGCCAAGUCGCUUGAAAUUACACACAAACAAAUUUGUAGAAGCGAGCGCGCGCGCAAACACACACACACACACACACACACACACACACACACACACACACACACACACACACACACACACACACACACACACACACACACACACACACACACACACACACAAAAUUAACACAUUCUGGUUAUAUUGUUUGUAACCAGAGGAGAGAAUAGAAAAUGUGGAGCAUCAAUUAUUAUAACAAGAAAAUGGCCUACAUCAACUUUUAAAAAAAUGUGAUAUUUGUUUAAAUGACAUUUAACUGUAGCACCUGGAUUGACCUAAUGCAAUGAAGGAGGACAAUGUUUUUCUAAUGGGAAACAAUCAUGGGAGAAACUUAGGAUGGCAAGUGUUUAGUCUAUUUUAUGAUUUUUACAUAGUUCUAAAUAUCAUUAACAUGUUUGGGAAUACUGUGACUAUACUAUGGAACUAUAUAAUGGGUCUUGUUUGGACACACAAGUGUGCGGACAGUCUCAGUAUAAAUGUAUUGUAAGGACUUGUGUUGAAUGUGCAGACGUUCACUGUUCUGUGUGGCCUCAUCCUGACUAUGUAUGCAUAUGACCACAUGUAUUGGUGGUAUUAUUUGUAACGUAUAUGUAUUAAGUCUUAAGCAUCUCACAGGCUACUGAGUCGGGAGUAUUCCAGUGUGCUGUUCAUUGAAAAUUGAUUAAUCAGUUUUUGUUCACCUAGAAAGUGAUCUAACCUAACAGUCCAGAAAGUGAACACACAGCUGUUUGCUUUUUUUUGUGAUAACAAAACACUAAUCAACACAUUUUUCAAAUGUUUUUGAAUAAAAAUGUGGCUUUCCAUUCCAUGUGUUUAAAUUGUAUACAUGUAAUAAAUGUAAUCUGAUUUACUCUAGCGAUAUGCCAGUAUGUAUGUUGUGUAUAUAUUUUACAUUAGGACUAUAUUUGUGGUUAAUGAUGUGUCUUGAUUAUAAGAUUAAACAAUAAACUAACUAAAUGUGGGUUCCCAUAUGAUAAGAAAUGGGUUUUAUGAGUCAGACAGUAUUCACCCAGGUUAAGCUACAGAAAUGACUGAAAUAUUUCCAGUUUAUGGACAUAUUGUGCCCCUCCCUGUGUGUCUCUGUGCUGUUACUGUGAAUCUAUUGUACAUAUUACGACUGUUUUCAUUCCAUAAACACAGAUUGAGAAAUCAUCCACAUCAUGCAUACAGCACAUGCAUCACUUGCCCACAUUUCACAGAUGAGCCUGAUCAGAUCAUAAAAAAAGUUAUUUGAAUGUGGAUUCCUUUGGAAAACAAAGUCCUUGUUUUGAGUUAUCUUCAUACCCUGACAAAUUGCAACACGAGAUCCUGUGUUCUGGUAAAUACACUAAGUGGAAACACUGGCGUUAUGGCUUUUUUUCCUGUUCUAAGAUAGUUAUGCAUUGCUAAAUCUGUACUUCACUGCUUUUCUGUCGACAUAAGCAACAGUCAAAGUGUAAUAAACUUUAAUUUACUCAA